AUACUAAUAUCGAACGAAUAAAAUCGAACAAACUUGUAAGCAAACGCAUUCCUUAGUCGUGUCUCAAACGAUCGAUUCAUACUUAACAUUUUAAUGCUCCCCAAACCACAACAAAGAGGUCUAUUACCCGCAAGUUGGUGAGUAAGACAAUUUCCGUAGAAAGACAAAACUUCGUAGAAACACAACUUUUCCUUCCUUCAUAAUUACUUCUGAGUGUGUCCGAACAUAAAGAAAAACACAAGAUUAAGUUUUUCAUCAAGAUAUAAUUAUGCCGUGAUUUUGUACAAAAAAAUUUAAAUCAUUUGAACGCAAUUAUAUCAUGAUCACCAAUGAUCUAUAAGCGUAAAAGUUUGCCCAUCGUGCCCGUCGAUUCUUAUUGUAAAUUUAUACUACAUACAUAUAUAUAUAUAUAUAUAUAUAUAUAUAUAUAUAUAUAUAUAUAUAUAUAUUUUACUCUCGUGUACAUUUUAUUAUCCACAAAUGUUUUAUUAAAUAAACGAUGCAUUCUGAUGGUAUCAGAGGCAAAAAUAAAACUAUCUUUCCAAGUUUUAUUUCCUUCCCAUGUACUGCUGCGCUUGGUAUUUCAUGAAAAGACAUGCCAAAUGUAAGUUUAUUCGUUAAAAAAAGCUAUAAUUAUUUUUUCGUUUACGUUCGAUGAAAAUGGAUUAAAUCGAGAUGUAAUUCGUCCAUUUUCACACUAUACAAAUUUCGGUAUAAAUAUUUCGAAGCGAUGACGUGUGGCGAUACCUUGACCCGCCAUAAAAAUCGGGGACCAAUACCGUAAAUCGUUUGGACGAGCCAAGCCGAUUUGACCGCGAAGUAACCAUGCGUGCCACGACUAUCAAUUCCAUUGGGCAACUCUAUACUGACGGUUCGCAGAGGCGCAGACGAAAGACAAUGGGAAUAAACCACGAAAGCCAAUCCAUGUUGGUGCACGCUUACGCUCUUGCAUUGCAAGUAUAAAAAGGUUUUGAAAUCGAAGAGGGCCUUCAGUCGAUCCGGGCCGUCCAAGGAAAUUAUAAAUCGUCGUAUAUAAAUAUCUUUUCAAAUAUGAAGUUCUUAGGAUAUUGUCUUCUUUGCCUCUUCGCCACGAGAGUACAAUCAAAGGCGCAAAUAACAAAGCUGUUCCCAGUGGAAGGACUAGCCGCGUAUCACAAACAAUUCAACAGCACCACGCAGUCGAUAGACAAAUUUUGGGAUAAACUACGCACAUCAUACAACUUCGUCUUUCACAAACCUAACAAUAGCAAUACAGAAAAAAUCGUAGCGAAGAAUGCAUCGAAUUCUAAUUUGCAAUCAUUGAGACUGCUCUGGACUGAUACAUUAAAAGUAGAUAAUUAUACAAAUCUCAAAUAUCCCAAUACUAGCUUCUUGGAUCAGGUAAAGUCACUGGCGACACUAUACCACAACGGCAAAGUGAAUUCGAGCAGUCUAAAGAAGGAUUCAACUGUUGAAGUAAAAACAACAAUCAAAACGAAUAAAAACAAUGUAAGCUCUACGAGCUUCAGCGGGAAGAAUUCCGACAAAGCGUGGAUACUGUCUGACGACGAUUGGUUCAAUGAUAUUAAGCCUUUGGAGCAAUUGGAGUUGCAAGACGAAGAGCUGGAUAAGAAAAAUGAAGUAGAAAUCGUAACGCCAAAAACGACCCUUCAACUUCCAUCGGUGGGUCGCCACCUGCUCGAGUGGCUUGGAUCUCUUUUCGGCUUUACUUACAGCAUUUACACGAAAUUAUCGAGCGCUCCUAGUGGCAACGAAAAGACGACAAACCAGCAAGACUCACAAUCAGUCCAAGAUAUGUUGCCUUCUGGAAAACUUACACUAGCAUCUAAGAGAUCCCAAGAACAAUUAAAAGUCACACCUAGAAAACCAGUGAAGGAUUGUUAUUGUCAAUCUGAGAUUGACAAGACGCAUACAAGAUUGUCAAGACCUCAGCACAAACCCGUGUCGUCCUAUCGUCAUUGUCAAACCGAGCUUGAACUCGUCGAAAAAACUGGCGACAAAGCGGCACUAACUUCGCUAAUCAGCUGUGAGACACUCAGAAGAAUUCAGAAAAUCAACUACACACCCAGAUCUCAAUUCCUUCGCAAUGUACAGAACAAGAUCUGCGAAUUACGAGCCACAGACCAAGGAGACUGUUUGCAGACGUGUCCGCGAUCUUCCAAUUAUCACCGCUUUAUGGCAAGUGCGAGGUUGCAGGAUACUGAUGAAAGUACAACAUUGCAGAAUGAACACAAGUGCGUUGACGAGAGGCAAAAGUCUCCAAUAGUAGCCACCAAUUUACUAGCAAAUGAACAACACAAAUCUGACGAUAUUGCUUGCGCUUCAAACAAAAGAACUCGAGUCUCUCCGCAAAAGUUGUCAAAGUCAACAUUACGAAAGACUAUCAAAUCCAGGAAACAAAUACCAGAGUCGAGCGAAAGAUCCACAUCGAUGAAAGGGAAAAGAACAGCGCAGUUGCGGAAGCAAGAUUGUUUUUGUUGCUGUAGAAGCGAAUUGGGGAGGAAAACUACGAAGUUUGGCGGUGAUAAACGUGCAGAAAGACGUGAUUUCUCAGAAUAUUGCAAAAGAGAGCUAUGUCUGGGGCAUGACAAUAGUUCCACAGAGAAUUCCAUGGACCAGGAAAUGGAGGACCUGAAAAAGUUUCGAGAGCAAAAUUAUUUUGAGACGCACGGCUCGAGCCACACUUUGACAUCGUCUAGAUCGUCGGGAUCAUUGCAACAGUAUUUUCUGAAUGAACGGUUGUUUCCAGAGCCAGUAGGCAAGAUUCACACACAAGACUUGGUGGUGACAAUGCCACCGUGCGCGACGACACAGAGGAAGCCUGUCCAUUACUUUCCUAGAUACGUGGUGCGGCAAAAGAAGAAUGCUUGUAAUAUCAAUUACAGGCGUAAACGAUGUCAAAGCUGUCCUCUUACUGGACAUGCAGUUGAUCUCGGAGUUCUAAAAACUAAACCGCCGCUAAAUAGCCUAGCACUUAAGUACCAAAAUAGAGCUCGUUGACAAAGUGGAAAUGAUAUAUGAUGAUGUUCUCAAACUUGAAUUUUUAUUAUUGACUCUAAGAUCCACGUGCAGCUUCUUAUUUCAAAGAUUUGGUAAUGAAAAUUUGGUCAUGAAAAUUUCAACAUAUGUCUCAACAACUUUUGUAUAUCUAUCCUUUUAUGUCGUAUGUAAAUAUACCUUAUAUAAAAAUACAUUUUAUAUCGUACUUUAUUUGUAAUAAAGCGAUGACAUUAUCAUAUCACAUUUAUUUUGGACUUUUUUAUUUUGACAUUCUCAUUCAUUUUAUGAGAUUAUUAAAUUGCAUGUAUAUCUAAAACACACACACACACACCCACUUACACAUGGUGUAUGAAUUUGGUAAAUUUUAAUACUAAAGUUAUAUUAUUUCAAGUAAACUUCUUUUGAGUUUUUAACCAUACAUUCGAUAAUUUGAAUUGAAUUACUGCUAAAAAUAGAGUUAACUGUUAUUGUAAUGGACAGAAAACAUUAAACAUUUUUAUAAAAAUUUUUAUGUUAAACGAUUCAGAAAAUGUUGUAAAACAAUGUUAUAAUUGAGCGAUCUUAAGCAAAAAUAACCUUAUUCUUUGUUAUAAAUUUUUUCAUAAUUUUUUUACAUAUAAUAGUUGGAUUAAAAGUUCUAUUAUAUUUUGUAAAUACAUACGCCCAUUGUAAACUUUAUAUAUUGUAUGUAAUUAUACUUAAAACUACUCAAAUAUUAUUUGCCGACUUUUGUAUCGUAAAUAUAAUUAAUUAUAUAUCCUAUAUUAAUCAUUAGUAUGAAUAAUCUUCUGAGCGGAUAAGUCACAGUGAUUGAUAGUGGACCUAUCUUGAACAUGUUGCUGGAUAAUAACAAGUGCUCAUUUUCUAUGCCUGAUUGCAUGUGUAUGUGUAUAUGUAUACGUGUGUGUGUGUGUAUAUAUGUAUGUAUGUAUGUAUGUAUAAAUGUAUGUAUGUAUGUAUGUACUGCAGUAUACACAAACAACGUCGAUUUAGAAAUAUGGUGGGACAAUUUGUACUUAAAUAGCUUGUCUGGAUUGUCCGCGUCUUUCAGUUCAUAUUAAACGAUUGCUGAACAUUUUUGCCCAUAAAAGCUUCUUUCUUCGAAUCGAAUGGAAAAUUCAAGAAUAAUGAAGACGAUUCUCUUGCUCGCAAUUGUUGUGAGCACAACGGCGUUAGACCUCCCUAGCGGUUUCACGACUUGUGAGAGGUCAGAUCCGAAAGUAUUUGAAUGCCUUGCGAAGGCUUCCAAAGAAGCAAUUAUGUUACUCUCCAAUGGUAACAAGGACUUCGAAAUUUUGCCUCUUGAUCCGCUAGAAAUCAAUAGCAUAAAAAUUGGAUCCCUUAACUCAUUUCCCAAACAAGAAUAUUGGAAUAUCAAAAUACUUGGAUUGCCGAAAGGGGAAAUUAUUAAAUAUCGAAUAGAUUGGGAUAAAUUAAUAUUGUACGUAGAAGGUUUUAAUAAUCGAAUAGAUUUUAUUGCCGAUUACAAAUUGUCUGGCAGAAUACUGAUAUUACCAAUUCAAGGAGAAGGCAAAUGCAACGUAUCAAUGUCUAAUGUAACGACGACACACCAAAUACGUUUUGAAAAGUUUGAAAAAGAUGGUGAAGUUUAUCUAAGAGCGAA